AUGGCUCCAACAAGAGAGCUGUCUCUUGAGGCCAAGGAGAGGAUGAUCAAACUUCUUGAAGAAGAUCUCUUGUCUUAUUCUUCCUCGGACCUGCCCAGAGCGCCCUCUUCCUCAUCGUUGUCCUCCUCCUCAGUCGUGGCCGAAGGGGCGGGGCCGUGGGAUCGGGGCGUGUCGGACGGCGUCCGCCUGAGCGAGCGGGCGUGCCGGCAGGGAGACUAUGUCCUGGCGUUGCGCCUGUGCACGGAGGCCCUGGGGGCGGACCCGCUCAACUGCGUGGCGUACAGCACUCGCUCGGCGGCCCACCUCGGCCUGCGUCGCUACCGCCGGGCUCUGCGUGACGCCAACAAGGCUCGAGACCUCAACCCCAAGUGGAACCAGGCCUACUUCCGUCAAGCGGUGGCACUGCAGCACUUCGGGCGCCACGGAGAAGCCCUUGCAGCGUUCGCGUCGGGCGUGGCUCAGGACCCAAAAAGUCUGCAGCUUCUGACGGGUAUGGUGGAGGCCGCCAUGAAGUCACCACUUAAAGGUUCUCUAGAACCUACCUACCGUCAGCUGCGCGCCAUGAAACUAGAGCGUAGCCCCUUUACAGUAGUGUCGUUGAUCGGCCAGGAGCUACUGACGCACGGCUUCCACGGCGCGGCGGCGGAGGUGUUGGAGUCGGCGCUACAGAUCGGGACGUGCUCGCUGAAAAUGCGGGGUUCCGUCUUCUCGGCGCUGAGCGCAGCCUACUGGUCGCUGGGAGACGCGGAAAAGAGUCUGGCCUACAUGCAACGGGACCUGGAUGUGGCGCGUACUUUAGGCGAUCAAACAGGCGAAUGCCGCGGCCACGGCAACCUCGGCUCCGCCCACUUCUCCAAAGGGAGAUACCGGGAGGCGCUAGCAAAUUAUAGGCAACAAUUGAUUCUGGCCAUGAAGCUCAAGCACAAAGAGGCGGCGUCGGCGGCCCUCGGCGGCUUGGGCCACAUCUACGCAGCCAUCGGUGACUAUCCUAACGCGCUAGCCAGCCACAAGCAGUGCGUGGCGUUGGCCAGACAAAAUGGCCACAGGCUCUCGGAGGCCCGCCAGCUUGGCGACCUGGGCGCCGUGUACGCCGCCAUGGGAGAUGCUGCCAGAGCGCUACGGUGUCACCAACAACACUUGGACAUCGCCAAGACUCUGGGGGACCGCCGUGAAGAGGCUCGUGCCUACAGCAACCUGGGAAGUGCUCAUCACUCUCAGCGAGACUACAGCAAAGCUGAGUCCUGCCACAGCCGAGUUCUGAAGCUCGCUCAGGAACUGGGAGACCGCACUGUGGAGAUGAGGGCCUUCGCUGGCCUGGGACACGCUGCGCGAUGCAACCAGGACCUGGAGGGGGCGCUGCGCUAUCACCAACGCCAACUGGAAAUUUCGGAGGAGCUCCAGGACACAGCGGCUCGAGGUCGAGCCUCUUCCAACCUGGGAAUUAUCCACCAAAUGCGGGGUGACUACAAGCUAGCCCUAAAGCUUCACAAGGCCCACCUGACUUGCGCCCAGGAACUGGGUGACUAUGGCGCUCAGGGAAGGGCCUACGGCAACAUGGGCAACGCCUACCAUGCCCUUGGCCUCUACGAGCAAGCCGUGGGUUUUCACCGCCAGGAACUGAACAUCUCCCUGGAGGUGAACGACCGGCCGUCUCAGGCCUCUACGCACGGCAACCUGGCGGUGGCCUACCAGGCUCUGGGUGCUCUGGACCGGGCCCUCCAGCACUACAUGCAGCACCUGACCAUCUCACGGGAGCUCCGUGAUAUUCAAAGUGAAGCGAGGGCUUUAGCAAAUUUAGGCAACUUCCACUGCCGCAGAGGUGACUAUUCGCAGGCGUUGCCGUAUUACCAGCAGUACUUGCUUCUGACUCCAAGCCUUCAAGAUCCGGAGGGCGAGGGAAGAGUUUGCCAUAACCUCGGCUACGCCUACUACUGCCUGAGACAGUACCAAGAUGCAGUCAGAUACUACGAACAGGACCUGGCCUUGGCAAAAGACCUGCAGAACAAAUUGGCCCAGGCUAAAGCCUACUGUAACCUGGGCUUGGCCCACAAAGCCUUGGGGGAGUUUAGCAGAGCAGAAGAAUGUCAGAGAAAUCUGCUUCAGAUUGCUCAAGCUUUGGACAACAAACAAGCUACCUUCAGGGCUUUGGGCCACCUGGGAGAUGUUAGUGUUUGUCGUGGAGAUCUUCAAGGAGCUGACAGCUUCUACCGGCAGCAAUUAUCUUUAGCCCAGAAUUCUGUGGAUCACAAGAUGGAAGCAGAUGCCUACUCAGCUUUAGGAUCAGUUCACAGGUCGCUUGGCCAGCUGGACACAUCCUUGUCCUUCCACAGCCAGGAGCUGACUCUGCGCAAAGAUCUGGGUGACCAUCGGGGUGAGUGCCAUGCCCUGGGUCACCUGGCGGGUGUACACAUGGCCCUGGGGGACUACGUGACAACCCUGCAGUGCUACGAGGCUCAACUGAACCUGGCGCAACGACUUCACGAUUCCCACUUGGAGUCCCAGGUUCACGGGAACAUGGGCAUCACCAAAAUGAACAUGGGCCACUUUGAGGAGGCCAUAGGGUUCUUGGAGGAGCAGCUGGCCACGCUGGAGCCGUUGAGCACCAGGGAGAGCAUGCCGAAUCGGGGAAAGGCUUACGGAAACCUAGCAGACUGCUACGACGCCCUGGGAGACUUUGAGGAGGCCGUUCGCUUCUAUGACAAGGCCCUGGCAGUGGCUCAAAGUCUCAAGCAAAUCCAGGACCAGGAGAAAGCCUACAGAGGACUCGGAAAUGCUCACAGGUCACUGGGCAACCUCCAGCAAGCUUUGGUGUGCUUUGAAAAGAGGCUUGUAGUAGCCCACGAGCUGGGCGGUGCAGGGAAGGCGCAGGCGUACGGUGAACUGGGUGCCCUGCACAGCCAACUGGGAAACUACGAGCAGGCCUUGUCCUGCUUGGAGCAACAACUCAGCAUCGCUCGCUCUGCCGAGGAUAAAUCUAUGGAAGCGGAGGCCAGCGACGCGCUCGGUAGCGUUUAUCAGCUGAUGGCCGACUACGAGACUGCCAGGCAGUGGCACCAAAGAGCUUUGGACAUGGCGGAGCAGGCAGGCUGCGUGAGGAACCAAACCAGAGCCUACGGAAACCUGGGAGUGACGUAUGAGGCUCUGGGAAACUACGAGAGGGCCCUGGUUUUCCAAGAGCAGCAUCUUAGCAUGGCGGCGCAGACUAACGACUUAGUAGCCAAAACGCAGGCCUACGAGAGCCUGGGGAGGAUACACCACGCACUGGGAAAUUACGCGCAGGCUGUCAUGUACCUGCAGGAAGGUCUUCGCCAAGCCGAGCAGUCGGCUCGCAGAGAAGACGAAGCAAAGAUACGCCACCGCCUCGGCUUGUCUCUGUUGGCUGCAGGAAACCUGGAGGAAGCCCGGCACCAGCUGUACAGAGCCUCGCUUCUUUUUGAGACCAUCCGCUGCGAGAUACGGCACAGUCCGGACUACAAACUUUCUCUCUUUGACCUGCAGACCAGUUCAUACCACGCUCUCCAGCGAGUCCUUGUCAGCCUGGGCUGCCACGAGGAGGCGCUAACUGUAGCGGAGCGAGGGCGAACGCGGGCCUUCGCCGACCUACUGGUGGAACGUCAGAACGGAUGCCGGGUGCCGGCGUGUUCAGACCGGCACGCUCCCGUUACGGCGGAGCACAUCUUGGAGACCGUCAACUCCCAGAAGGGUCUGGUGCUAUACUUCUCCAUAGCUGGAGGCUUCUUGUAUAGCUGGCUGUUAUGUCCAGGCUCAGGCAUCGUCAAGUUCAACCAGGCUUUUCUUGGAACCGAAGUGCCGGAGUUGAAAGAUGGCAGCUGUAGCUCACUGGGUGGCGGUCUGCUAUCUCUUGAGCAUUAUGUUUGUAAUGCCAGAGAGUUUCUGGGAAUUGACGGAUUGCUCAACAGUUUUCAUGUGGGCAGUGAGACAGAAAGCGAAGCUGGAGAUGUUGCUGACCAACACUUUGAAGAGCUUCACAAAAUGAGUUCCGACGAUGACCCCAGUGGCUACCUUCGCACGGUAUCAAGGAACAAUAUCUUCAACAGAAGCUGUCGCAGCAUUUCUUCUUCAAAGGAGGGCUCGUCGACCACUCUUUCCCUCUGGUCUGGUACCAAAACGUCUCCUCUCCAAGCCCUCUACGAUUUGCUCAUUGCGCCAAUGGAGACGGCCCUGCUGCAUGGAGGGGGUCCAGUAGGCCGACGCCGUCAACUGGUUCUGGUCCUGGAAGGAGACUUGUACCUAGUGCCCUUCGCCUUGCUCAAAGGCAGCUCGUCCGACCGGUUCCUUUACGAGAUGUUCAGUAUACUUUGCGUGCCCUCAUUAGCGAGCAUGCGAGCUUCAAGGAAAAUUUCCCACCUCGGCGAUCCCUUACCCCGCCCCGAAGGCGGAUCGUGGGCCGCCGUGGUGGGGGUACCCAACUUGUCGCCCGGCUUUAUGCGCCGUUGGUUGUGGGGGCCCCUGCCUUCGGCCCAGGAUGAGGCUCUGUGGCUGGGGGAGCGGCUAGGCUGUCGCCCGCUCACCGGCGCGGACGCCACAAAGGAGCGUGCCCUCGCCGCCCUGACCCAGGCGCAGUGUGUUCACUUCGCAACUCACGUCUCAUGGAAGCUCGCCUCUCUGGUGCUCGCCCCGAGCCGGGAGCCGCCUCGAGACGGAGACGAGAGGAGUCGUCAAGACGAGGAGAGCUUGUGUGAGAGCGCGUGUGGCACUCCGCCGCUUCAAGACGUCCUCCUCACUGCGGCGGACAUCUUGGAACUCAACCUCAGCUCCAAGCUGGUGGUUCUCAGGUUGUAUCCCGAGAGUGGUGUGCGUUUGACCAGCGACGGCUUGUUGGGCCUGACGGGCGCCUUCCUGUCGGCGGGGGUCCGCUGCGUGUGCGUGUCACUGUGGCCCACGUCGCCGCCCGCCUCCAAACUCUUCAUGCAGACGUUCUACUCGGUGCUGCUCAACGGCGCCCAUGCCAGCACGGCGCUGAACGACGCCAUGAGGACGCUACAGCAAAACCAAGACUUUGCUCACCCUUCCAAUUGGGCAGGUUACCUCCUGAUCGGCAGCGACGUGAAGGUGACUGGACUUAAAUUUGCGGUGCGGCAGGCCUUGGUGGAGGUCCUUGGCCACGUUGACCGCGCCAGGGGUGCCCUGAGAGUUCUUUUGCACCUGGUGGAGAAGUCUUUGCAGCGUAUCCACAUUGGGCACAGUAACCCCAUGUAUACAUCGCAGCAGAGCGUGGACAACAAGGUGGGCGGUGUUCCUGGGUGGCGAUCCCUGUUGUCCGCGUUGGGUUUCCGCCUGGAGCCGGGCAAUUCCAGCCUCCCCGCCGCCGUCUUUUUUCCAAGGUCGGACCCUGGAGAGCGCCUGCAAAAGUGCAGCUUGACCAUGCAGGCCUUGCUCGGGUUGAGUGCAGCAGCACUUGAAGCUCUUUGCAAACUUGUGUCCGCACCAGAAGUAGGAGAGCAGCUCAUACACAAGUUCCGGCAGGUGCUGGCGCAACUGCGGUCAGCCGACGGCGAGCGAUCUUCGGCCCCCGUCCCGAUGUCUCUCGGCGUUCGCUUGUGGAGGCUAGCGGGCUGCCACGAGUUUCUCGCCGCGCUCGGGUUUGACCUGUGCGAGGUGGGCCGGGAGGAAGUUCUGUUGAAGACUGGCAAGCAGGCCAACGAGCACGUCGUCAAUUUGGCCCUCAGGUCGCUCCUGGGUCUCUUUGACCACACUGACCUUUGUAUGCGCCCGAACACGUGCGACUCCUCAUCUCUGGAAUCUCUCUCACCAUCCCCAAAGCCGUGUCCAACUCGUACUCCUUUGCCGCCUCGACCGUCCUUCAAUUCCGCAGUCUGCCCGGAAGCACCGUGCGGCGACGCCGUCUCCGUCUACAGCCUCAGCUCCCUCACCUCCGCCCUCAGCUUCCCGCCCCGGCCCGAACCCGCAGGAAGCGACGUCGUCAGCUCUCAGGAAGUGGCGGAGACUCCUUGCCGUGCCGGGCGAAUGACCCGAGAGACGGGUGAUGAAGACUACCAGGGCUACGCUAUUAUCAGCAGCGAACCUCUGAGGCCGGGGGACUGCGACGUACCAACUGUGGAAUGUGACGGGGGAGAGGAUGAUGGACGGAGGUCUUCUAAUACUUCGGUACCGGCGUCUCAGAAAAAAGAGCCCCCGCCAAAAGUUCCUGCCAAGCCACGACACAAGCCGGGAAUUCCAUCCUCUCAGCGCCGCGCGAUGGCGGGCAAAGGCGAGACCAGCGCCGACAGCGUUGUCGAGUACCAGGACAAGUGGCGUGUCGCAGAGGGACAACUUGACCCUCGAGACCUGGCCCGCAAGAUCAUGGAGGAGACCCGAGACUGCACGCGAGUUGCAGAGAGCCCGCAAGGGAGCCCCGAGCGGCGUUCUCUCUCGACGCCCGCCACCCCGAUUCUGAACAGGAGGGCGCAGGCCUUUCAGCCUUCUGAAACCAGUGCCUUCAGCAGGCUGCCGAGCAGAACCGGUCUGGCCCUUAGUCCUCUCUUGCCAAGACCUCCGCGCCGAUCCUCCUCCCUGCAGAAGCUCGUGCCAUCAUCAUUUCCUCAUUGUGUCUCUCCACCUGGCGAGGAGGCCUACCUUAAACAUUCAUCCGGCAGCGAGUCCCACCAAAAAACAUCAAGCAGAGAGCCACGCCUCAAGUCAUCACCUGGUCAGAAGUCCCAGCUCAAACCUUCACCUCAAAGUGAGUCCCAGCUAAAACCAUCUGGUGAGGAGUGCCACGUCAAACCUUCACCUCAUGGUGAAUCCCAGCUGAAAGCACCUGGCAGAGAGUCCAACCUCAAACCUGUAUCAGGGGGCAAAACCCAGGUAAGACCACCUGGUAGAGAGUCUCUCCUUAAAUCGCCAGUGGUUAUUAAGUCCCAUCUCAAACCUUCACCUCAGAGUGAGUCCCACCUAAAAGUACCUGGCACAGAGUCUCACUUCAGACUUUCAUCUGGGAGCAAAGACCACCUAAAACCACCCAGCAGAGACUUUUACCUCAAGCCAAUCCCCGGCAGAGAGUCCCAGCACAAUUCUCCACACGGGAGCAAGUCCCACCUCCAACUACAUGGAAGUGAGUCGCAUCGAGAACCCGCUUCUGAUUCCAAAUGCUUCGAGGCGGCCCGCAAAUACGAAGGCGCAUCUCCCGCUAGCUUUCUUCCGGGAAAGAAAAUGAGCAGAGUGCAAAAAGACCUUCUGGGUUUGCUGGACCUCUCGCCGCGACAUGAGCCCGGCGAGGGUCCGGAGCAUCUCAACAACCGUGCCGGUACCAAAGCGCCCUUUGCAUCCAAACUUCCCAAACCUAGCAAAUUUGGCUACAAAUUUCUUGCAGGUCAUUUUAUCCCUUCGUCAAAAUGUUGA